AUGGCAUACCCCACUUUCAACUUGACCCAAACUAGUAGGCUCUGCGGCCAACGACUCUAUUCACCGCGUAUCUCUCCCCUACGGCUCGCGUCAGAUAACUCUCUACUCGCCCAGAUACGGUCCGCGAACAACGUCCAACUGCCUCUAGGUCCGUUCGAUCCUAAAAUACCAUGUCAUGCAACGUCUACGGAUCCCAAAUCCCCUCACAUCGAGCACGACGAAGAGACGUUGGUGCCUUUCUUUUUGCAUCGUCCUUUGCCGAGGACGCAAGCGCCUAUAGGGUUCCUUCGGCCACCAGUAGCUAGGGCUCUGUUGGAGGACCACCAUUCGCAGUUGGAGCUUCAUGGAAGGUCAAGUUGGUCUUUCUACCCCAAGGAGAACCAGGCACCGGAUUCGUUGUCGGACAAUGGAAAUGGAAAGAUGUGGGCUCUUUCGUUUUCGCCUCAUGUGUGGAAUCGGUCGCUUCGUACGGACGCGAUUAAGAGAGUUGUUAAGGGGUGGAAACGGUUGGAUAUGUUUCCUGAUGUACUUGAAGGCCGCAGUGAUGAAGAAUGCCCCGUCUAUCUCCCAUCUGGCGUCGAUAGAACAACUGAUUCCGGCGAAUCCAUGGCGUUGACUGUCCAACGUGCUGCUCUGCCUUUGUUCAGUUUCCCAAAUUUUGGCACUCUUCUUGUCGGUUUUUGCCAGAAAGGCGAAUGCCCUAGCGACCUCCAGCUAUGGAUUGCUCGACGAUCACGUUCAAAGAGAAUCUUUCCAGGCUUCCUUGAUGUUGUUUCGGGAGGAAACAUUGGCCUCGGACAACUUCCCGUUGAAAGUGUGAUGCGCGAAGCAUCAGAAGGAGCUUCACUUCCAGAAUCUUACCUGGCAAAACACGUUCGUUCUUCGGGGAAUAUCGUUUUCUCGCAUCGCUCUUCUGCCGGCUGGCUUUUGCCUGGACUCUAUCACACCUUUCAGCUUCCUCUCCCCAUGAAUUCUCUCAAAACUAUUGGUCAUGACGGAGAAGUUGAGAGCUUCGAGCUGUUCGAUGCGCAAGAGUGUUUGGACAAGCUAGUUGCUGGAGAGUUCGCACCGUCAUCGGCGUUGGCGAUUCUGAAUUUCCUGGUGAGGGAAAGGUUGUAUACUCGUGACGUCGAUAUGGGAUACGACGCUGUGCUUGAGGCCAUGCAAAGAGAUCUAGUGGUGCCCAUUUUUUGA